AUGGCAGAUACUUGUCUCACUGCCACUGAUGAGUACUGUCUUGCUGAAUCAGUGCAGUACUAUGAUAUUUUGCCAGAACAAAUCAAUUAUCAGCUGCACGACUCUGAUGUUCAAGAAUCACCUUAUUGCCGGUAUUCUGCUGCCCAGUUUCCUCCAGCUUUACAGUCCCAAUUUUUACAAGGUCAUUUUAACACUUAUAGUGUGGAUCCACAGUACAGUGGUGGACAGUGUGGACUUGGUUCCUGUGAAUUAAAUAAGCCCACUUAUGUGGUUGCCCACCACGUUGAAGAUGGAUACCCUGGAAUAAAAAGAUUCAGGCAGAUUUAUUCUUCCAUGCGAAUUAAGGGACAGGAAGAACUCUGUGUAGUUUGCGGUGAUAAAGCAUCAGGAUAUCAUUAUAAUGCACUUACUUGUGAGGGUUGCAAAGGUUUUUUUCGACGUAGCAUCACCAAAAAUGCAGUAUACAGUUGCAAGAAUGGUGGUCACUGUGAGAUGGACAUGUACAUGCGCAGAAAAUGUCAAGAGUGCAGACUGAAAAAGUGUAAAGCAGUAGGAAUGUUGGCAGAAUGUUUGCUCACAGAAAUCCAAUGUAAAUCAAAGAGAUUUCGAAAGAACUUUAAGCAGAAGAAUAGUUUUUAUUCUAACAUCAAAGUGGAAGAGGAAGGAGUAGACAACAAGCAUGUGUCAUCCACAACUAGAUCUGGAAAAACGAUUCAGGAGAGCAUAGAACUAACACAAGAGGAACAUCAGCUCAUUAAUAAUAUUGUGGCUGCUCAUCAAAAAUAUAUAAUUCCUUUAGAGGAAGCAAAGAAAUUUCUUCAGGAAUAUGCAAAUCCUGAACUGAGCUUUACACGGCUGUCAGAGACAGCAGUGCUACGGGUACAAGAGCUAAUGGAUUUUACCAAGGGACUACCAGGCUUUGAAAGUUUGACCAGUGAGGAUCAGACUGCAUUACAGACGGGAUCAAAAACUGAAGUGAUGUUCCUUCAUGCGGCCCAACUUUACAACCAGAAAGAAAGUCUUUCAUCAGUCUCUGAAAGUGCUAUGAGAUUAUCAAAUCAUUCAGAUCAUGAACUGAAUUGUCACAAUCAGACUGAUGCUAGAAGUGUUAUUCAUAUGGAAACAUUUUGCAAUGAAGACAGUCUUUCUACAACUCUAACUGGUAUUACUGAAGAAUUUAUUACUGCACUGUUUUACUUCUACAGAAAAAUGAAUGAACUUAAUAUUACUAAUACUGAAUAUGCUCUGCUUGCAGCAACAACUGUGUUUUUUUCAGGUAAAGUCCAGUUAUAA